GGCAACAAGGAAAUAGUUAUGAUAUAUAUAUAUGUAUCUUUUACUUUUGUAACUGUGACACCAUCACAGCAUCCUUGUAGCGUUACCCCACCUCCAGAGGGGCAGGACUCAGACAUCUUUCACUGCUUAUUUAAACCUGAGUGUUUCUACAGCAGUAGCAGGACAUCAGUAGGGAGAUAGAAACGCACCAUGAGCCGCCUGUAUCUCCUGUUUUUGGGUGUUCUGUUAGCCGAACUGAACGAUGAGACUGCUGCUGUAACAUGUGCUCCUGGAUUUAGAGUUUCAGGCAUGUCCUGUAUAGAUGAAGACGAGUGUGAGGACGAGCCAUGUGGUCUGAGUGCAACUUGCAUCAACACACAAGGCAGCUACUACUGUCAGUGUGUAACGGGGUUCUGGACAAAUAAUGACAAAGUUAAUUUCACUGCAGAGGAAGGUGUAGAAUGCAGUGACAUUAAUGAAUGUCUGGACAACAACAUCUGUGGCCCUAAUACUAACUGCAAUAACUCUAUUGGCACCUUUUACUGCACGUGUCGUUCUGGUUUUGUGGCCAGCAACGGACAGGAGCGGUUUAAUAAAAGCCAAAGUGUUACAUGCGAAGACAUUAAUGAAUGUCGGGACAACAACAUCUGUGGCCCUAAUGCUCAGUGCAGUAACUCUGUUGGUUCCUAUUACUGCACGUGUCGUCCUGGUUUUGUGGCCAGCAACGGACAGGAGCGGUUUAAUGCAAGCCAAAGUGUUACAUGCAAAGAGACUCCAAUGAGUCCUGAAAACAAAAUUUCGUGUGCUCCUGAUGCUGAGUGCCAUAAAACCAGCGUUUACUGCAUGGAGUAAGAAGCUGAGUCCAGCACCGGACAGCAGCAGUUUCACCCGACUGUUCUCGUGUUUUUACCUCUGAUUGUUCUACCAGUGAUUUCCAUUUCUAUUUCCUGGGUUGGAAUACCUGCCAGCUUCAAUUGCAAAUGCACAAUUAACUUGAACUGGUUUACCUUUCACGGCCACCUGCUAUUAAUAAAGCACUAUUUAGAGUCGCAUUACGAUCUGAAAAGUUGAGUAAAGUCCUUAAAAUGUUUUAGGUCUUUGGUGUAUUUCUGCUAUUUUGCAUAUGCCUUGUACAAGAUGGGUUGUUUUUUUGGGGUUUUUUUUUUUUUAGGGUUUUUUCUGUUCAUUGCCAGACACUUGCACAUUUGUUAAGCCAGUCAAUACAAAUCUAUGCUGGGUUUUGUUGUGCAAUUAAGAAGGAGAAGAAACUGAAGCUGGUGUAAGAAAUUACAGACUGCCUCUAAGCAGACUCCACUCCAAAGUAGGCGUUAGAACAAGCUCUCUCCCCCCCCCCACCCACCCAAAACGGCUUAAUUAUCAUAGGGACAAUUCAUCUCAGUCUCAGAAACAUGUGGAUAAUAUCACCUGAAAUGACAUUCAAUGGGCGUAGCAGUGGGACAUCAAGAACCGUCCCUGAACAAAGGGGUACGUGAUUGUAAUUAUCAUUCAGAAAGGCGUCUGUCUAGACAAACGUGAGAACGGAGACUGAUCGCUUCAAUUUAUAUUCAGAGCAAGGCUUCAUUUACAUUACCAGCAGGAAAGACUGACGUGAAAAACAGUAUGAAAUGUCAGAGCUGAUAUUGUUCGAGGUUCUCUUUGACUCCGAUGAACACGAAGUGCUUCAUGUACUUUGUCACUGCUACACUGCGAUAAAGUUACUCUUCAUUGAGACCUUUGACAUCGUCAAAAAAAAAAAAAAAUCCUACACUGGAUGGCUGGGCUUUGAAGCUGGUCCCAUAAAAAUUCUGUGACAUACAGAAUGCUUUGUAUUUUUAUAUAUAUUUAAAAAAAAAAAAAAUUGGUACAUGAAUAAACCUUUGCUUCUGUGAUUGUGUCUUCUUCUUCCUUGCUGAAUUAAAAAAAAAAAAUCUAUAAAAGACCAAAGAGAGAGGAGAUGAAUUUAGACAGCAACACUAGUUAAAGUUCUGCUCGAAACAUUGUACAUUGGAACUAUAUCGUCCAUGCAGUUAUUUCCUAUCUACAUAUAUAGAUAAACAAGUCACUGGUUGAUCUAG